AUGCAAGAUGAUAAGAAGUGUCCUGCUAGGAACAAGGAAUGCCUAAAGUGCCACAAGCUAGGCCAUUUUGCUUAAUGUUGUGAGACGAAGGAGACUAAAAACCCCAGAAGAAGCGGCCUAGUAAACCAAAGGGACAUAAGGGCACUGUUAACCAAAUGAACUUUGAGGAUUAUUCAUAUGACGGAAAUGAAUAUCCAUUUACCAUCGUUGAUGAGAAACAGCCUAUAGUUUCAGUGAGUUUUGGAGGUGUUGACUCUGGUGCAAGUUGUAAUGUAAUUGACCGUCAAUUGUGGGAAUCACUAAAACAAAAUAAAGUGAAAUGUGUUUCUUUGAGUCACAAGAAACAGCAGUAUCCCUAUGGCAGCAAGGAACCAUUAAAACGGCUGGUUGUUUCACGGCCAAAAUAA